UCUAAAACUGCUUGUCUAAAAUAGUUUAUAUUAAUGGCUAUACAUAAAAAUGAAGCACUUGGCCACUUGUUCAAUAUACAUGACACCUCAUCCCAAAGAUGCUUAUCACAUGAGCAGCUACAUGACAUGUACUGCACUGUACGAAUAGGUGGCAUUAGCCAUGCACAGGUAAAAGCUUCAAUGAAACAGAUCUGUGGUUCAGAUGAAUAUGUUGUAUUUUCAGAUAUGAGAAAAGUUAUAAAGGAAAUGGACAGAAGAUAUUAUUUGGUUCAAAAUUUUCAGUGGGAAUUUUCCAUGUUGGAUCAUGAGCAUGUUGGUUGCAUUCCUGUUUCAAGUGCAAGGUGCUUAUAAUUGCUGUUUAUAACAUUGG